UACCAUGUCAGGUCAGUCCUUCUUACCGGACUCUUUUUCCCCCUUAAGUGCAGCAACUUAAUUUCGCUGUGUAAUCAAAUUCAGGCCUUUGUAUCAAUUGGUGAUGGGGAGUACCGGAAACCUUGUACGGGUAUGUGGAAAGAACUUUUGGAGGCUAACGGUGAAGUGGACGUGGACGUUAGCAAGUCGCUAUACGUUGGAGAUGCAGCAGGACGACAUAAAACUAAGACCCGUCCAAAGAAAGAUCAUUCUUGUGCUGACCGCUUCUUUGCGAUGAACGUGGGAGUCAAAUUCUACACUCCCGAGGAAUUCUUCCUCAAUCAGAAAACAUCCGAGCCUUGGGGUCCUCCAGCGUUUGAUCCUGUUGCUUAUUUGGAUGCAAAGAAACCUUUGUUGGAGCCCAAAGACGCUCCGCUACCCUCCUCUGAAAAAGAGGUUAUAGUAAUUGUUGGCUUCCCUGGAUCUGGCAAAUCAACGUUUGCUCGCAUGCUUGAAAAGGAACACGGUUACAUGAUAGUCAAUCGAGACACCUUAGGCACCUGGCAAAAAUGCUGUGAAAGAGCUCGAGUGUAUUUGAGAGAUGGAAAGAGCGUAGUUGUGGACAAUACGAAUCCAGACAAAGAAUCUAGGAGUCGUUAUAUUGCCUUGGCUAAAGAAAUGAAAGUCCCUUGCCGUUGCUUCGAACUUACUUGCGAUCUCAAUCACGCGAAUCACAACGUCAAGUUUCGGUUAUUGACAGAAGAUGACCACAACGAGGUUACGAUUAUGGUGCUACGGACUUACGCCAAAAGAUAC